CAGUCUAGGAAAUACUAGCCACUACUAGUCCAUGUCCAACGAAUGGUUCAAAAGCUAUAAUUUGUAAAUAAUUGAAUUUAUCAAUACCGCGAUAGGAACAAAACAUCAAACGUACUGCAUAAUCAAACGCUAAACGUGGACUAAUGUUAUUAAUUUAGUCAGAGAUAUAGAUCAAAAUAUGCAUGGAACAUGUAAAGGGAAUCUGUAUGAAUGUAUAUAAAAGCCGUGAAAUUCCUUCACUCUGGAGUUAUAGGCGAUGACAAUGUUGAAGUUUGUGUUAGUUUUAACAGUCUGUGUGCCUUUUGUGAUUAGUACACUCCCUGGUCUUAUGCUUGGUCCAGGACGAUGGCUAGUCCUGAACAUGGUGCACUGCGAUAAUCCGGAGCAGUACGACGUAUUGUUCGACAUCAGCCGCAAGAAAAUUAACAGGACGCACGACUGUUUCGACCUUGACAUAAAGCUGGAUAGAGUCUUCAAUCAUAGUUAUGCUCUCCUAAUAGACGUUUAUCAAAAAGUGGACGGUGGCUUCAAGUACUACCAGACUAUAUCUGACGACAGCGCCUGUGCAUUCCUGAUGAGGCAGGCAGAGGAAAACGUUAGGAAGCUGCUCACUUUGGCCAACAUCGACCCUCCAGACUGUCCUUUACGGGCCGGUUUAAUCUCGAUCAAGAACUACGUGUUUGACUACAGAGAGCUGCCAAGAAUGGGUGUCUACGGAACAUACGAGGCCAACGCGUACUUUCUGUUUAAGGGUAUCAGAAUCGGUUGCGCCAAAGUGGUUCUCAACUUUGACCAACGGAACGGUGAGGGUGAUGAUGAUGAUGACGACGAUGAUGACGAUGACGGCUUAUUUUAAAAUUAGAAACAAAGUUCGUUUAUUUAUUUUUUUUCGAUUUAUGUACAGGUGGUUACACAACAAACUAUACAAAACCGGUUAAUCCCUAAAA